CGUUAAUGUUUUUUUUCUGGCUGUACCUAGCUAGCUACAGUAACGUUAGCUAGAUAAUUUAUUAGUUAGUCAGAAAGGCGUACAUUUGUGAAGUCUGUAGCUUUUUGAUAGCAAAUAAUCACCAUAUACCGUGCAGAUGGCAGACCCUGCAGUGAUGGCGGGUGGAUUCAGUGCUGUAGUAGGGCGUUCAGGGGGUGGUAAGGCGACGUCCAGUCCGGCAGAGAACUACCAGCUUGCCCGGCGUCGCACCCUCCAAGUGGUGGUGAGCUCGCUGCUGACAGAGUGUGGGUUCGAAAGCGCAGAGAAGGCGGCCGUGGAAUCACUCACUGAGAUGAUCCAGAGCUACAUAUCUGAAGUGGGACGUUGUGCCAAGGCGUACUGUGAACACACAGCCAGAAUCACUCCCACCCUUUCUGACACUGUGGUCACACUCAUUGAAAUGGGUUUCAAUGUGAACACUUUGCCAGUGUAUGCCAAGAGAUCACAGAGGAUGGUUAUAACUGCCCGACGCACAAGACAUUCUCCAAACACCCGACAGGGCCGACAUCCCCGUUAUUUGCAAGAGGAAGCGACGCAGGUACAGAGGACAAAGAGCCGGAUGCCUCGUGAGGACCCGGAGAAGGCCUUGAUCGCUGGACAGAAACGCACUCAUCCCUCCCACAUACCCAGCCACUUCCCUGAGUUCCCUGAUCCCCACACCUACAUCAAAACUCCAACGUUUCGGGAGCCUGUGUCAGAUUACCAGGUGGUGCGAGAGAAGGCAGCCUCUCAGAGGAGAGACGUGGAGCGAGCUCUCACACGCUUCAUGGCCAAGACCGGAGAAACACAGAGCCUUUUCAAGGAUGACAUCACUGCCUUUCCUUUGAUCGCAGCGCGGCCCAGCUCCAUCCCGUAUCUCAGUGCCCUACUGCCCUCAGAACUGGAGCUGCAGACUUUGGAGGAGACGGACUCCUCUGAACAGGACGACCAGACCGACAGCGAGAACACGCCAGGCAACAACCUCAAUGAUGAUCCUGGAGCUGAUAAGGAGAAUUCCAUGUUGCCCCCUGGGGGUGUGGUUCCCUCAGUGAAGGCCAGUGAAGAAAACAUGAUUGACAAUCCAUACCUGAGGCCGGUCAAGAAACCCAAAGUGAGGAGGAAGAAGUGAAUGUUUACUACACUUAGCUACUAAUUCGGACUUCUAUCUGUCAGACACAACAAAGGAUCAAUUGUAAGAAGCAGUCAACGGUUCUGUGCCUCUAUGAGAAGUGGACAUCUGUAGUGAGCGACUCUCACCUCUCAGCUUUCUACAGGGCAAAUACUGCUCAAUAUGACAUUCUUCACUAGUUACAUUCAUGAGAAAAAAACAUUUUGCCAUUCAUUUUUUUUUUCAAAUUUGUGGAGUGGUUCUGUCGUGAAAGAAAAUAUGUAACAUUUCCAAAUUGAGUUCAGUCAUUGAUAAAUAAUGAGUAGGAAAUCAAUGUUUUGAUUUGUAUUUGAACAUGAAAACCUUUAAUUUACCCAAGUGACACAUUUUAGCCAAUCACCAAAUACACAUGAGGGCAAAAAUCCGGCAACUUUGUUGUUUACUUUGUAUACCUGGAGAGAAUGGUGAAUAUCUAUAUUAAAGCUGAUAUAUAAAAACACUUUAUUUAUGCUUGUCAGGUUGACCCCCUGCAGAGUUAGGAGUACAACAACUGUAGAUAUGUCCUUUGCUUGGCAAACUCCUUGUCACAAAGCAGCUAUGUAAGACAAACAUGCAAUGGCAUAGAUGUUAUUGCUGAAGAUACAUUUACAAGAAUCUCUAUUACUUUGUAUAGUAAUGCAGAGUAAAAUAAACCCACUUCUGUUCUCAAGGCUUUCCUCUUGAGUCGGGGGCAGUCUACCCCAGUCUGAGGAGCCAAAGUUCAUAGGCCAAAAAAUCUUCUGGCUCUGAGUAGUGUCAUGAGCAUAUGCCCAAGGGCUGCAUCAGAAAAAACAGCUGUUAGUGGUCAAUCUAUUUGAAGGUUGAUACAUGCAAUGCAUUUAUACAAUAGAUAAUCAGUGUUUUCCUAUCAUGGACAGUUUGGAGAGUGCCAUUGCCAAUAACCACACACUCACCCUGGGUUGGAGUCAGCUGUAACAGGCUUGGUCCUGAACCUCUUUGUGGUGUAGUUGAAGGGGGUUCUUCCAAGAGGGUACACUACACCAGGUUCUGUCCUGCUGAUACUUCUGAGGGGAAGGAGUGAUUAUCUGGGUGGUGGGAAGAAAACACAUUUACAGAGAAGGGUAUUCAGAGACCUGAAAAUGUACGGAAAGUAGAGGUUACAAUCUGCAUCACUCUCAGGUCUCUUCUGUACAUCAUACAGAAUGGUAGCAACUUGAUGGGACAAUGACCAACAUGAAACGCUUCACAAUAAAAUGUAUUUUGUAUUAUUUUAA